GUGCGCCGGGCGCAGUGUCGCCGUCAACACGAAUAUUCGAGGUUCGAGGGCGGGCUGCGUCGGGCCACCCAGAGAGGCGCACCCAAACAGGAUGGUGCAGGCAGUAAAACUGCGAUCAGAUCGUGGAGAAGGGGACAUGAAAGUGAUGAUGAUGAAGACGAUGGAGAUGACAUCACCAUCAUCACCAUCAUCCCCGCACAGUGGCUCCCCCGAUAGAGAAGAUAUGUGCUCGUCUGAGCGGGUGCGCGCGCAACGAGCCGCAAUGUGUCGAUUGGCUGAGAGGUGUGACGGGCGCUCGCGCACCAAAACACAACCGCACGCAUCUAUAAUGGGCAAGAGGGCGUCACAAGACUCCAUACUUCGCCCGUUGUCGGACGUCGUCCGUUUCUCAUCAAGGGCACCCUAUGUGAUGUAACAGACCCUGCAAAGCAACGCCCUCACAAAUUCAGGUCAUUGCGAAGACGGGGGAGCAACGGCGAAGAUAAGCUAAGCGGUGCGUGGGCAUGAACGGCAGCAGAGAGCCCCGGCCUAAGCUAUACGCCGGGCAACUGCCGUCGACUCUCAGUGAAAAGCUGCGCUUGUGAGCUGUGGGGCCAUGGGCACCACAAGCAGGAACGGCGCGCAAGCGGGUCACACUGGGACGACCAAAAGGAGGAGGAGGAGGAGGAGGAGGAGGAGGAGGAGGAGGAGGAGGAGGAGGAGGAGGGAGGAGGGAGGAGGAAGAGAAAGAGGAGGAGGAGGAAGAGGAGGAAGAGGAGGAGGCGCAAAGAGCGCCUCCUUCUCCAAAGAAGGCUACCGAGCUCAAAAGAAGGGGGCAUGAGGGAGGGGUCGGCAGGAUAACGGGCGGCGGGCUUCAAAUAGGCUCAAGUGCAAACCUUUGGACUGGGCACGAUUUAAUCGGCCCCCUUUGUGUGAUGUUGACUGCUACGCUAGGCUGCGGCAGCAGCGGCGUGCCCGUACCCGCUAAACCUUUGACUGCCGUCUGCCGAUAGGCGUGACAGCGCACAGGCCCGCGGCGAGACUCCCACGAAAAGACGUGGAUGCAGCCACCCCGCCAGGGGGAGGCAUGCUUAAAAGAAGAUGGCGCUCGCCGAGCGCAGCUAAAAGGUGAAAGCAAUCUUUCUUGCGAUGUGGAGCCCAACGACAGCGCGGAGACGCUGCAGAACGGGGCCACUUCUGGCAAGGAUCGUGGGUGGGGGCGGGGAUGGGAGACGGGGCGGACCCGAGAUGGCUCGAGGCUCGGAGAGGCCUCCCCUGCCCUCCUCGGCCCUGCGCCGGCGAGCGGCGUCGGCGCCCGCCUAUGGCGCGCGCGCCAGCGCGCGCACGCGGCGAGGGCGCCGAUGGCGCCGGUGGGGGCCGAAUCCAAUAACCCCUGGCAGCACAUGUCCCACCGUUCGCGGCACUUCAGCACUGCGAGCUGCGGAGUGCGCGAAGGGGUCGAAGGACGAUCACAGCUCGUGUAGGGUGCUGUUGUGCUGGACCACCCAGACGUCGGAGAAGAUGAGCCGCGCCAUCGAGUUCUGGUCGUCCCGCUCAUCGGGCAGGGCGAGGGUGAUGCUGGCCGCGUACGCAAGCUUCCGCCUUGACGUGCCAGACCGCGGGGGGCCGGAAGCACACGGGGCCCGCGGGGAAGCUCCUCGCGACCUGCGCGAAGGCGCGCCCCUCGUCGCGCUGGGCCC